UAUUUUAUGUUUUCAGUGAGAAUGCAUGCGCGCGAGAGAGACGAGCAGAGCAAAGAAACACAUUUUACACAGUUGUUUCGGUUCAUGUAAUUGUCACUGUGUUUGAAUAGUAAAAGAAUGAAUGUUUUUUAAAUAUAUAAAUAAUAAUAUUAGCGCAGGAUCGCGGUGGAUUUGAUGUCUUCACUUUAAUGUAGCUGAGCAGAGAGAUUGAUGUAGAGGAGGGAGGAAGAGCGAUUGGAACAACAGCCUCGUGCCGCGGAUCAUGGCGGAGGGAGAGAGACACGUCAGGGGAAAAGCCACAGAACAGCCUUACAUCUGCUCAGCAUGGACAAUCAGACGGUGCUCAAUGUCCAGUCACUGUUAGACGGUCAGGGUGGUGUUCUGGAUCCGGGCACACAAAACGUCUCAGGAACGACCAUCCAGCCAAUGGACGAUGACGACGUGUUUCUGUGUGGGAAAUGUAAGAAGCAGUUCAACUCUUUGCCGGCGUUCAUGACUCACAAGCGUGAACAGUGUCAGUCCAACACGCCGUCACUGGCCACCGUCUCUCUGGCCUCCAACAACGCCUACACCUCCGUACCGUCCAUCAGCACGGGAGCGCAGCUGCCCACCAACAGACAGGUGUCGUACAUCACUGUGCCGCAGUCUCCGCUCACACACACGCUGGUCCAGGGAAACGUGUUGGUCAGCGAUGAGGUUCUGAUGUCGGCGAUAUCAGCUUUCAGCUCUCUGGAUCAGCCAAUGGCAGCCAUGCAGGGAUCCACACAGAGCAAUCUCAGCAUGCAUGCGGGAACCUCGUACCUCCAGCACCAUCAGCAGCCUCCACAGCCCCUCCCUCAAACACAGGCCACGCCCCUUUCCUCACAGGUGCCCUCCAGUAACAGUAAUUCAGUGGUGCAGGUGUACAGCACACUGCCCUCUAUGGCCGGCGGCGGUACUGCAGAGGUGCCUGCACUGGGGCUGCAGUCGUUUCAGUCCAUUCAGGUCCCCAGUCAGUGUGUGGAGGGUCAGGUGUUCAGCGCCGCUCCGGUUUACAGCCCAGGAAAACAGACCGCCAAAAACAAGAGCUGCACCAUCAGCACAAACCUCUCCGAGCUGGGCGAAUAUGACAAGGUUAUCAUCCCUAAGAGAGCCAGAAGCUCCAAGAAAACACAGGAUGCAGGACAAACUAAAGGAAAAGCCCAGAAGCUCAAGUGCAAUUACUGUGACAAAGUGUUUACCAAGAACUUUGACCUCCAGCAGCAUAUUAGAAGUCACACGGGUGAAAAGCCGUUUCAGUGUAUCGUGUGCGGCCGUGCCUUCGCUCAGAAGUCUAAUGUGAAGAAACACAUGCAGACGCACAAGGUUUGGCCCGCUGGAGUUCACAGCACCGCCUCCAGGAUGCCCAUCACCGUCCGUGUGCUUCCUCUAAACAACCAUGAAAACUCACAGCAGACGGAGGAAGAGGAGCACGAGCAAGCCAUUGAAGAGCCGGACGCGGAGGUCCAGGAGACGCAGGGUCCGGCGGAGGGGAAGCAGAGCGACGGGACCAACCAGAACAAGCAGAUCAUCCUCAUCGACAGCUCGUACCAGUGCCAGUUCUGCUCGGCCAAAUUCAGCACCUACUUCCAGCUGAAGUCUCACAUGACCCAGCACAAAAACGAACAGGUGUACCGCUGUGUGGUGAAGAGCUGCUCUCAGACCUUCCAGAAGCUGGAUCAGUUUCUGGAGCACAUCCACACGCACCAGGAGCAGCUGACGUACCGCUGUCACCAGUGCAGUAAAGUCUUCCCGUCGCUCUUCGAGCUCGGCCUUCACCAGUACUCACACAGCUUCUGUCCGCAGCAGAACCAGCGCAAAGAGACCAACUACUACAGAUGUAUGAAGUGUCAGAGUAAAUAUUCCACACAGGAAGCUCUGGAGCAGCAUCUGCUGAACGCCACACACAACUACCCCUGUCCACACUGCAUGAAGGUGUUUCCGUGCGAGAGGUAUUUCCGGAGGCAUCUCUCCACUCACGGCGUCGGCGGCAAAUUCAAGUGUCAGAUCUGUAAAAAGUUCUUCAAAACUGAGCACUACCUCAAACUCCACACACAGAUCCACUCAGGAGAGAAACCGUACAAGUGCUCCGUCUGUGAGGCCACGUUCAACAGGAAGGACAAAGUAAAGAGGCACAUGCUGAUUCACGAACCCUUCAAGAAGUACAAGUGUCCCUUCAGGACUCAUGUGGGCUGCACCAAAGAGUUUAACAGGCCGGACAAACUCAAAGCUCAUAUUCUCUCUCAUUCAGGAAUUAAGCCAUACAAGUGUCAGUUCUGUCAGAAGUCGUUCAGUCGUCGAGCUCACAUGCUGGAACACCAGCGCUCACACACCGACAACUACCGCUUCCGCUGCUCCGCCUGCAACAAAGGCUUCACCCGCCAGAAAUACUACCGAGAUCACAAGUGUCCGCUGGCGGGGGGCGCGGCAGGAGACGUGCGGGCCGCUGACGGGACGCAGGGACGAGACAGCAGCGAGGGGGACGGAUCUCCUGCCGUGGAGCCUGACGAACGCGGAGAAACCGAAGAGGAGGGCGAGGAUAAUGAUGGCGAGACGCAGCAGGAUGGAAUGAUGGGAAUGGAUGGAGGAGAGAAGCAGAUGAGAGAAGAGGAGGAGGAGGAAGAAGAGAGGAAUGAUGAGACGAGACUGGAUCACAUGCAGGAAGAAGACCGAGCCGUCAGACUGCUCUCUGAACCCAUGUGCUUCCAGACGGUGGACUGAAGAAGAGUCAAGCUGCAGUGAACUUUCUACUUGUAUUUCCCAGAAUUCACACACUUGCGUCAUGUUGUUUACGAAUAGAGCGGUGCAGGGAUGAUGUAAAUUUGAUUUUGAAUUAAAUUUUGAACAACCCGGAUGUUCCCAUAACAAAAACCCAAUAGGAUUAUUCCAUGGGCUUUUGGAUUAUUGCAGAAGAUAAUAUCUGUGAUCAGCAAAAGUUUAUGAUACUUACACAUUUUGUCCAUCAAGAUCAUUUAAAGAAAUGAACACAACUAUUAUGAAUUUUGAUGCCUAAAUGCAGUUUAUAAACGAACUACACCACAGUCACAUGACUUCCUUGACACUUGUUAGAAACCGCCUUUUUCAAGACGCAUAACAGCUUAAAAAAAAAAUCACAAGUGGGUAUUACUGAUGUAUUUUAUGCUGUAGAAUAAAACCUGAAAGUAUCAUGAGCUUAUGUUAACCACAGACCUUAUUUCAGGCAUUUUAGGCAAAAACCCACUGACUCAUUUCCAGGUUUUGGCCUAUAAUAAUACAUCAUCCCUGCAGUGCUCUAUAGCGUUGACUUGCACAGUCAUCUUUAAAAGUAUAAAAGAUGUUUUCUAUCAUUGUCAAGGGGACAAAAAUCCCUGUUGCUGAUCUUAAAUAUUUGAUUUGUUUUAUAUUAAAACACUCUUGUAAGCUAAUUUAUUUUUUCUUGCAUUUGUUGAGAUGAACUCAGACUGUAAACUAAUCAAUACAGUUUCAAAUAAAAUACUGAGCUGAAUUUCUGCACGUUUUCA